GUUACUAGCCAUCUCAGAUCGGUUGGCAGGAUGUCUCUGCUGCUUUGUUGUGCAGUGAUGGCUCUGCACCUCGUAAAAGGGGUGGAUGCUGCCUCGGGGGUGGUGAACACCACAGACCAGGAGGUGGUGGGGGUGGAGCCCCAGUCCCCAUGCCCAGCCGGAUGGCAUCAGAAUGGGCAUCGCUGCUUCUCCUUCUACCCCGUCUGGGCCACCUGGUCCACAGCAGAGUCGUACUGCUCCCAGCACGGAGGGAAUCUAGUGUCGGUUCACAGCCCGGGUCAACAGGUGUUUGUCCAGGACCUGGUCAGGAGACACACAGACCAGCCUGUCAGGAUGGGAGGCUACGACGCAGCUCAGGAGGGGAUGUGGCUGUGGAGUGACGGCUCAGCUGUUGAUCAUUUUUACUGGGAGGAGGAUGAGCCCAGUAACUCUGGACAGGGGGAGAACUGUAUGGAGCUACACACUGGAGCUGGGCAGGGAUGGAAUGGCGUGUCCUGUGGAGAGCUGAGGUUCUACGUGUGUUCGAUGGAGACAAGAUCUGGUUUAGCAGCAUUAGCAAGUCAGAAGCAAGCACACGAGAGAGAACUGGUUGAAGAGGUGAGUAUUUAUGACGUCCUGUGGGAGACCAGUAAGAGAGUAGCAGAUGAGACCCUCUACUCAGCCUUCCUCAGAGGGAUGUAUACCAGACGUCUGCCUGCCCGCUGCUACGCUGACUUCUGCCACCAGGAGGCGCUAUACCUGGACAGAGUCAUCACCAUGCUGCAGGUGCUGAUCAGAACAGUCCAGGGUCCCCCAGACAUCAUGCUGUUUCUCCAGACAACACAUCAACACUACCAGGAGUCUCUGAAGGAGGCCCAAAACCAAACUCCACCACACCUGAACCUGUCCUCCAUCCAGCCCUCUGCAGCCGUGCGUCAGUACCUCCAGAGCUUCCAUGACAUAGUGAAUGAGGAGCCCAUUUACUGGCUGGUGUCUCUGCUGCCCAGAGCCCUGCUCAGACCUUACCUGGCACAGCACCUGCCCCUGGGAGAGAGGACCAGACCAGGCCCCAUGCCCUGCCUCUACCCCUGGCUAAGCCUCUUCCCCUGCCCCUGCUACCAGUGGGGGGGAGAGGACAUGAAGUCAGACCAGAGAAACCAGAAGGACAAGUCAGGGUCAUAUUACAGGCCUCUACUGGAGAAGUACCAGGAUGUGAUAGACGUCUAUAAGGCUGUCAACAUCUUCAGAGUCCAGAUGAUCAACGAGAAGGCUCUCUUCACCUCCAGGUGA